CGGGCCUCCUUUUCCAGAAAACCCUCGCUCAAGGGAAACAGAGAAGACAGCGCCAGGAAGCUGGCUGGCCUGUUUGGCACCGAGGCUAGGCCUGAUGGGGACACCGCAGCUAACAAGAUCUUCCACUACAUCCCUGGGACGCAACUCAGGGUGACCCCUGGCCAGCUUGGAGGGAUUCAAGUCCAGAGCAAGAUAAGGAAGUUGACGCUGUUCCUCUCCGGGGAGCUCACUCAAAAGUCUAGGCUGAGAGUGAAACCAAGACCAGCGUUGAGUCAGUGGUGAGCAGGCAGAGCCUGCCCACUCUUGUUGCAUAUCCAGAGGGACAGUGGCCACCCUCAACCUCCACUGCUCCAACCUGGGUCUUUUGGGCCCAAGAACUGGUCAAGACAAAACACGAGAAGAUAGACUAAGCCAGACUAAACGAGUACUAAGUGAAAACCAAAGGCUGAAUUUUAGGACAUUCGGAAAGAAGGUAAACUUGAACAGAGCCCACAAAGGGGUGAAACGGGAAGUUAGGGCUGAGCAGAGAAUUGCACACACACAGGUGAGACAUUUAUGUGUCUUACAUAAUGGGAGGAGGGAAGAGGACUGGGUCCCAAGUUUAGUCCUAGAGAACUCCUCAGGCCAUGGCCAAUGCUCUACCUUCUACUCUAAGUUAAGUAGUGUGCACAUGGUGAGCUGCGAUAGCCAGCACAGAUUCACAAACACUGACUAGUACCUCUCUCUGGUUCCAACUUCUCAGACAUCAUGAGUUUCCAGACUCAACUUGGGCAAUGUUGGGAAUAUUUACACUAAAAAAUUAGCAAAUAUUACGAGCUAGGACCUUGGGUUUUUUUUUUCUUCUUUAUUUCAUUUUCAUAGAACCAGAUUUAAAAAAAAAAACAUUUCCAACUGCUACUGAAAACCUGAGAUGGCUUUGAGCAUUAUCUCAUUCUCGUAUCACCUCUGAAUUCUUGGACAAGCCUGAGGGUGUCGAAUGACCGAAGUUAAGUUGCACAGAAUAGGCAGUAAUGAAGAUAAGGAUUGAACCCAGGACAUACCAACUUAAGUCUAUACCACACAGCAGGUAGCUCUAACUGUAGGGAGUGUUCUAUGUAUGCGUGUGGUGUACACAUAUUCUACUUUUCAUGUGAUGAGGCUUAGGCGUGUGUGGUAUGCAUGUAUGUGCAUGUUCUUGAUGAAUGUAUUCUGUGACUGUGCACGGACAGUUCAGAACUAUAUUCAGAAGCUGUGUGUAUAGUGCGUGGGGAUCUGGCCCCAUCUGGUCCCUCUCUUGAGCCCUACUCCCUCAGGACAUCCUGGGCCCAGAAAAUCAUCCAGAAAACCUGGAACAGCCAUUCCUGAGUGUAUUCAAAAAAGGGUGGCGGAGGACACCUGUGAGGAACCUAGGCAAGGUGGUGCACUAUUCCAAGGUUCAGCUGCGGUUCCAGCACAGCCAGGACAUCAGUGACUGCUAUCUGGAACUGUUCCCCUCCCACCUGUACUUCCAGGCCCAUGGUUCUGAAGGACUUACAUUCCAGGGGCUGCUACCACUGACGGAAUUGAGCAUCUGCCCGAUUGAUGGGUCCAGAGAGCAUGCCUUCCAGAUUACAGGCCCACUGCCUGCCCCACUCCUUGUUCUCUGCCACAGUGAGGCCGAGCUCAGCCAUUGGCUCUACCACCUGGAAAAGCAAAUGGCUCUCCUGGGUCUGCGGCAAUGCCACUCAGCACCCCCACAGGGUUCUCUAGGAGAUAAACUCCCCUGGACCCAGCUAUGGCGAGCGCACGGGUGUGAACCCAUGAACAGCGCAAUCUGUGCCUCAAGGGUCAAGCUGCAGCAUCUGCCCUCCCAGGAGCAGUGGGACCGGCUUCUGGUACUGUACCCAGCAUCCCUGGCCAUCUUCUCUGAGGAGCCAGAAGGCCUUAACUUUAAGGGGGAGCUUCCACUAAGUGCCAUCCAUAUCAACUUAGAAGAGAAGGAAAAAGAGAUCCGCUCCUUUCUCAUCGAAGGCCGUCUCAUCAACACCAUCCGAGUGGUGUGUGCCAGUUAUGAGGAUUACAGUCAAUGGCUGCUGUGCCUCAGGACGGUCUCUCACAGGGAUGGGGCCCACCUGCUGCCUGGCCCAGAGAGUUUCCCAGGACUACAGAGACCCACACAGGUUUUAGGUAGAGGCCGAGGUUCACUCUCUUCCAAUGGACGAACCAGCCGGAAAUUAGAGUGUCCAGUGUUCCCUACCAGCCAAUCCCUCCCUGAGCCCUCAGUGCCAACCACCAUAGGUGUCCCUGCCCAUCCUGUGCCUAACCAGACCAACUCUAACUGUGUCAGCACUGGCCAAACGAAGGUAGAGCUGAGGCACAGUGGCAGUAGCCAGUUCCCCAGGGGCAAAGCUCAAAGAGAAGUAUCUGGCUCAACUGCCCCACUGCCCCUGCACCUGGACCUGACGAAGAUGAGUGUCCUGAACCUAGAUAGUGGCCCAGAGGCUCAGGAUUGCUCUCCAGACAUUCCACACUCCCCGCUCUAUGCUGAUCCCUACACACCACCAGCUAUAGCUCACCACAAGAUUACAGACAUCCAAGGCCUGGAUGAGUUCCUCUGUGCAGUACAGACAUCACCUGGACCUGAACUAUCAAGCCCGUUCCCCUCAGUCUCUGUGUCUGUGCCUGUCUCUGACUCCAACUCUGGAAUCUCCAGCUCCCCCCGGCCUCUGGGCUCACACUUGCUCUCCAAGAAAGGAGCCCUGCAGUCCAGAGCUUCCCAGAGACACCGGGGUUCCAUCAAGAGCAGGGCCCCACAGCCCUCAGACUUCCCUCAGCUUGUCACACCUGCCAGAGAAGGUACACCCAGUUCCCUGCCACCUCCCCCAGAUGAAGAGGCUCCUAUCUGGAACAAGACUUCCUCUCCCUCCCACCAGAAGUGGUCACAUCCCAGGAAGCCUGCGGUGGAAGGGGGAUUCAUCCAGUGGAUCUGAUGGCCCCCGAGUGAGCUGCUGCUUCUCAAAAAACACAAACAGCCAGCACCAACCGGGAUAAGAGUAUGCAGUUCGGCCAGUCCUUUGACUUAUAUUAAAUACACCAGGGCCUAACCCCAUCAGGUCGAGGGUGUUUCUAGAAUUUUGAGGAUAGAGGCACCUCUCACCAGGCUCUAGCUACUCAGCUUUAGCAGUUGGAACAAAUGAAAGGAGGUAACCCUAGGAACGAACCAGUGAGGGACAUCAGUAAGAUUCUGUACAACCCCAGAAGCUAUACCUCUAGGGGGAGAGGUGGGGGUGCUAGUGCAGGUCUUUACUUAGAAGUGGGGAACAGCAUGCGUGUGAAAUACAGAGCACUGAAAAAGUCAGGUUGUCAAACCCAGCCUGUGAAGCCAGAAGGCAUGAGGGUCAGAGAUCAUUAGGGUGAGAGCUAUUACAAGAAGCAAAGGAGUAUAGGAAAAGCUAGUACUGUUGGGUGCACAGGGUAAGGUUGGUCAGAAAAAUGAACACCAUAAACAAGAAAGAGAUUUUA